UGGAGGCAGCGCGUGGGGUGCGCUCGCGCAUGCGCGCCGGAGACGAGGCGUGCGCGGGGGGCUUCGCGGCCGUUCCGCCAUGUUCCGGCGGCCCCCGCGUAACUUCCGCAGCCGGCGGCGGGCGGCCUCCAGCGGCAGCAGCGACGAGGAGCCGCAGUCGGUCGCCGCCGCCGCCCCGUCGCCAGCCCCCGAGCGGGAAGCGGAGCCUGAGGAUGGUGAGGGGGACCCUGGCAGCGCCGCCGCCGCCUCCCCCGAGAGGGACAGGGCCGCGGCGGAGGGGCCGUUGUCCCCGGAGGAGCCGGCGGGUAGCCCCGGGGGCCGGGAGCAGAGUGGAAGGGCGGCUGCGGGCCGAGGGCCGCGUCGAGCCGGAGCCGGGCUGGCGCCGGGGGGAAAGGCCCUGCUGAGCUUCGGCGGUGAGGAGGAGCGGGAAGGUGAAGAAUUUUUUAAAAUUAAGAAGCCAUCCUUCAAUGAAGUAACCUUUAGAAUUCAAAAGAAGGAACGCCUACUGCCUGCACAGACAGAAAUUGAAGAAAGCAAAAAAAUCUGUCAGUUGGAGCCUAGAACUGACAACACCAAGGCCACUUGUGAGGAAGAAGAGGAGGAGGAGGAUGCAAGUUAUUCCUCACUAAGUGAGGACUAUAACAGCUCAGACUCUGAAAAUGAAUCCAGCUCUCCACAGAGGAGGAAGGAUUUAUCACCAGGUGGUAUCCCCAGUGCAGCUUGUAUUGAUGCUGCUCGGAGGAAACGUCAUGUAGCCAGGACACAGGCAGAUUAUCUGCCACUGGAUGUUUCGAACAGUCGUCAGGUCUCUCGGAGAAGAGAAAGCAGUGAUUUAGAGAGUGAAGAUGAGUCUGAUAUGAGGAGUCUCAAUUUUGCUCCUAAAAUGAGAACUCUUAGGCAGAGGAUGACUGAACACAUGGUGUCUGUGAGCGGUGAAUCAAGUGAAGAUGAAGCACAAAUAAAGUGGGAAGAACAGCAAAUAAAGAAAGCCAUUAAACUCUCUCAGGAAACUUAUGAUGAUGCUUCCCUGCGUAAAUCUCCAGUAGCUAAACCAAAGUUUGAUCCCUCUGUUUCUCUACCACCUGUGAACUUGGAAAUUGUGAAGAAGCGACUGUCUGAAAGGAUAACAUCAUUGCAGGAUGUGCACUGUGCCCACCAGAGGGAGUAUGAAAAAUACAUGAAGGACAUUGAAAGUUCAAAGAUGGCUGUCCAGGAGUUAGAGAAGUCUUCGGAUGCAGCUCAGAAUUACAAAUUCUACAGGGCCAUGAAGACAUAUGUAGAAAACUUGAUCAACUGUUUGAAUGAAAAACUGAAGUACAUUAAUGAUCUAGAACUGGCUGUACACGUACUUCUUCAGCAACGAGCCACGAGAGCAUUGAAACGAAGGCAAGAUGAGCUUAAAAAUGAAUCUGCUUAUAUUCAGCAUCUGACAAGUGGGAAUGACAAACCAACUAAUGGCGGUUUGGAAGGUGAUGAGAAGACACAGCUUCUGGAAAUGUGUGAACAUCGAAGGUCUUGCAGACGGCAAGUGAGAGAGUGUUCAGGAGAAGCUGAUCACCAUGAAGGCUUGUCAAGUGAUGACGAGCUGACUCCGACAGAGGUGGCUGAGUUCCAGAAGAGCAAAGAUAACGUUUUAGAGGAUAGUAGGAAAAUCUUUGAAGAUGUUCAUGCAGAUUUUUGUGACAUCAGAAAAAUCCUGUUGAAAUUCCAGGACUGGAAAGAGAAGUUUCCCGACUCUUACUGUGAUGCUUAUAUCAGUUUCUGCCUGCCUAAGCUAUUAAAUCCAUUGAUCAGAUUUCAGUUAAUAAGCUGGAAUCCUCUUGAGCAGAAUUUUACAGAGAUGGAAGAAAUGCCCUGGUUCGGAGCUAUAGAAGAAUUCAGUGAUGCCAAAAACAUAUCCAAAACAAAAAGGGAUGAUGAUCCUGAUCAAGAAGUUUUGCCUAGAGUGAUUGAAAAAACUGUUCUUCCAAAAAUUACAGGGUUUGUAAAGAAUGUGUGGGAUCCUUUAUCUACUUCACAGACAAAGAACCUUGUACAGCUUUGCAAAAACGUGUUGGAAAAACAAGUCCUUUCCAAAACUGAAUGCAGUCGAGCAAAAGAGGAUUUGAUGAACACAGUUGUCCUAAGAAUGAAGAAGUCUGUAGAGGAAGAUGUCUUUAUUCCUCUGUAUCCUAAAAGCAUUGUGGAAGACAAAUCAUCGCUAUGUUCAAAAUUUCAGGAAAGACGAUUUUGGUCAGCUGUUAAGCUGCUCUCCAAUGUCCUUCUUUGGGAUGGGAUUGUACAAGAAGAUACAGUCCGUGAUUUGGGACUGAGCAAACUGCUGAAUCGUUACCUUCUUCUGAACCUCUUGAACACACCACCAGGGCCAGAUAAUAUAGAAAAGUGUAAUAAGGUGGUUGCGUGCCUCCCAGAAAGAUGGUUCCAAAGUCUUAAAAGCGGAUCAACUCUCCCCGAGUUACAGAACUUCUGCCAGCACUUGCUGCGAUGUGCCCAUACGCUACACAAGAACAACCACAGUAAUGAAACAAAAGAAGUUCUUCUCCUGCUGGUGAAAGUCAAAGCUCUGCACAUUGUUGAAGACUUCAUUGAAGAGCACAAACUUGAACACCUCAAAUCGAUGAUUGGGAAAUAGAAAUUUUUGAAGCAACAUUUUUAUUACUGAAACAAACCUGAUAUUCACACUAAAACAGUUCUAAUAUGCGGUUUAAUUAGUGGGUCGUGCCUACUCAAAGAUGUAGUGGUAACCACUGUCUUAUUGUUAAAUGCUUGAGUUUUUGUGUGUGUGUGUAUUUUUUGUUUUUUUUUUUUUUUUUUACCAAAUGUCUUCUACUGCUGUCUACUCCUAGGUUAAGGAGUCAUUUUAGAUGCUGCAGUUGUCAAAGUAAAGCGAUGGUUUGGGCAUUCUAGAACAUGUGACAUUGCUUUAUUGCUUUACCCUUUUUGGAAGGAUUCCUAGCAAGAUAGAAAAUGCCUGUAAAGUUUAUCACUGCUAGCUGGUAGACAGCUCUACAAGCCAUUUUCAGUAUUAUGUUGCUAAAUGUCACUCUGACUCAGCAGUCAUUGAGCUCUUCUACCUUGUGGCCCGCAGUGGCUUUUGAUAGGGCUAUUGUUAAGUCAUCCCUAGUGAAAAGGAAUUGGUAACGUUGCAGGGUUUUGACCCUGAUCCAGAAACACGGGGAGUCGGUGCGCAGGUGAGGAGUCUCAUGAAUGUUUAUUGAUGGUAAAUGUGGGUUCGGCGAGGUAAGAAGUAGCAGAAGAGAAUGUCUAGGGAAGAGCAAACGUAGUGAAGAGUGUCUGAGGGGCAUAGUUUUGUACCCGAGUGACACAGACUGGAGUUGUCACACAUCUCGCUCUAUCAGACUUCCACUGACAGACAUCUUGGUGACGAGCAGCACCAGAACAACUUCAGUUGCUUUCUAGUCACUGAAGUUCUAAGAGCGUCUUCCUUUGGCUUCCUUACUUCAUCAUACCCUUAUUAGAUUUCUUAUAUUUUUAUAACUUUGUAUAUUUGCAAUAAAUAGUGUUACAGAGCAACGAGGAUGCUUUAUUGUAGAAACUGCAGUGUAUCACAGACCCUGUAUGUUUUACUUGUGACUGUAUUUCUCCAGAAUCUUCUGGGACUAGAUUUUUAACUCUUUCUUGCAGACUUAAUCCCUAUGAUUUCUUUUAUAUUUUUUAAGUUAAAAACUAUAUUUUUGUAAAAUAUUUUAAUUGUAAAUACUUUAAUCAGUGUUACA